AUGUCAGAAUUUAUCAAUGAGAAUCCUGAAAUUUUGGAUGAUAGCCAACUUCCAACUAGAAAAAAUGAUGCUAAUGACCUAUUACUAGGUAUUUCAGAUAGCAUUGCCAACCUGGAAAGGAAAAACCUUUUAUUAAAGAUAGAUAAUUCAGUUGAAUCUGAAGUUCUACAAAAUAUCGAAUUACUAGAUAAACUUUUAGCACUUCAACCAGUCCCAUUAUUGGUAUCCGAUGCUGAUGAAAAUGAGAGUACAGACAUGGAGGAUGAUUUAGAAGAAUCUGAUCCUAUAGAUAGACAAGAGAUUUUUGACUUGAUAGCAAGCAUAUCUGAUCCUGAACACCCUUUAUCUUUGGCUCAACUAGCUAUUGUUAAUUUAAACAAUAUCGAAGUUAUCGAUAGUGGGAAAAGAGAUGAGAUUGCACAUGUUAUUGUUAGAAUAACACCAACUAUCACACAUUGUUCUCUAGCAACUCUGAUUGGAUUGGGAAUUAGGGUAAGACUAGAAAGAUCGCUGCCUUCAAGAUUCAGAAUUGUUAUUAUAUUAACGAAAGGAAGUCAUCAAAGUGAAAACCAAGUUAACAAACAAUUAAAUGAUAAAGAGCGUGUGGCUGCUGCAUGUGAAAACCCUCAGUUACUAGGCGUAGUAUCGAACAUGUUAAGUACAUGUAAAUAA